AUGGGAGCCAGCUCCGCGAACUCUCGCGCCUUGUUUCUCGACUCCAGUUCCGACGUGGAUGAGGAGGCGAGUCAGGACUCGGCAGGCUGCUUCGUGGGUGCGGAAUACCAGCAGAGACUGCAGCCGUUGGGCCUGACGACACAGAAAGCUGAAAGACGCAGAGACGAUUUGCGCCAGUUGGCAAUGAGAUACGAAGUAGAAUGCUUGGGAGCAUCUAGUUAUGAGAGACUGCGGGUGCUCUGCGAUUGCAUUCAGAAAAAGCAGGAACAUGAGCAGGUCCUGAGCACCGCGCAUAGCGAUGCGACAGUUCGUCUGAACGCCCAAAUAGAGCUGCUGGAAGCGGAGCGCUUGAUGAAGCAGACGAAGAAGGAACUGGAAGAAUCUGGGUUCUGGUGCCUGGUGCCGGGAGAUCCAAAACAAGCGGAUGUGGAACGGCAGAUUCGCGACAUUCAACGCUGGGAGCGUGCCUUCGAGGAUUGGGUGCAGACGUUGAAUGAACUGACCCCGCAGCUUUUCGUUGAGAUUGUGACCCUUCUUCGCAUCGAGUACAACCAGGAGAACUUGAAUCGCUUCUUGCGAAGCUUGAGCUUGGAGUUGACUUGGAACAGAGUGGAGGCACGGGUCCAAGAGAUGUUCAACUGGAAGGACUCGGAGCGAGUCCGGGACCACAAGAGGCAUCUGAGCCCGUGGGAGCUCUUCAAGCCUCAGGAGCGCAACUUUUGCGUCAUAGGUUGCGAGAACGGAAGGGACCGGGAACUAGAGAAGUUUGAGGAGAGCAUCAGCCAAAAGAAGUUUCCGGAAGGAGGGGACUGCUGCCAAGUGCUGAGGGAGUUUGCCAGCAAGACGUUUGGUGGGCAGCAUGCCUUGAUUUUCGAGGCAACUUACAGCAUCUCGCCGGCAGUGCAGCUGUUUGAGCUCUCAGAUGCGGAUCUCACACUUACGCUCAAGGCCCUUGUAGAUGCUGGACAAGGCAGCCAGUGCUUCAACACGGUCUUGGGCAAAGCGAUCGUGCGGGAAUCUCUGCGAAGAACUUUUGGCUUCCGGCUCCUGGACAGCUUUGUUGAUGUAUUGAUAGUGGUCUUGUUGGCACAUCUGGGAUACAAGGUGCAGAUCCAGCAGAAGCCCGAAACGAGAACGCUGUGGAGCUUCGGCAUUCUUGGCAUCUGGGUCUGCAUAGCAUGCUUAGGCAGGGUUCUCUCUGGGCUCUGGUUAUUUUGCGACCGGAUGCAUCCAUGCUCGAGCUUCCUCGCGGCAAUUGCGAAGCACCUGACCUUGUGGAAUUCCUUGAUCACGCUGGCGGAGGUGUUCUCGGUAUAUGUGGGCAUGCGGUUUCUCAGUUGCCUAAACAACCCGGACUUAAUUGGCUUUGAUUUCUUCGAGGCUCAUCCUGUAAUGAUCUCAGCCCUUGUUUUGAUACGAUGGACAUUACUUGCCAUCGACUUCUUCCAGUUCGAAGAGAUCGGUCGCCGCGUGGUUCCCAUUGUUCAUGCGGUCAGCCGGCCAGCCUCCGUCUACUUCCUCUUCUUCUUGGCACUGAUGUUGGCUGGAUCUUUUCAGGCAUACAGGGUAUUCCCCAUUGAGGAUAACAUCGGCGGAGCCAACAAGGUGCUAGACACGUUCCUCAAAAUCUUCCGCCUCGAAGUGCUGGGUGACUUCGACCUGAAUGAGCUGGAGGGUAUCAAUGAAAAGCUGACUGGAAGGGUAGAAAAGCGCAAUGGGACCAUCCAUGGCGAUGUCGACGCCGACCCAUCUGACUGGAGUGACAAGUACCACCGGGGAGUGAGAUUCGAGUUCAUGGCAUUGAGCCUCGGGGUGACAGUGGUCGUGAUGAAUGUCUACAUUGGUUUACUGGGCAGUCUCUACGAUAAUGCCACGAAGAGGAAGAACCAGCUGUAUGCACAUUAUCUCUCAAGCUGCUGCUACCGACACCUAUGCUUGAGACUUCUGCUGCGGCACGUUUGCUGUGGAGCACCUUGUGCCGCUUGUCACGAAGAUGCUGCGGAUGAGGGUGCUGGCGAGAGAUUGUAUUGGCUGGCUUAUGAGAAGGACACCCUGCUGGACGGCAAUGACGACUGA